GACAGAGGAGGAUCCGACCUUUGGCACACCAAAGAAGAGGAGGGUGAUGCGAGAAGGUGGCACCGACAGACGCAGUUACUUUCGCCCCAUUGUGAUGACUGUAACCCAACUGCCAUAGCCAAAACUCGACGAUGGAGCCCUUGCCCUUGGUCUAUCACUGCCACCCCGCGUUCAGCAAUGGUUCCUAAAGAAACGAACCCACUGCGUCAUCGCCCAAAUUCGCACUCGCCGGCCAGGAUGCUUCCACAUCACCCCUGCCGAUGGGAACCUUGAGUCUGCAGUUCAGGUUUACGAUUCCGACUGCAUCAUCUAUGGCGUGGAUGCAGAGGACAAGUUUAUCAUACUUGUUAUGUACAUGCCAGAUGCCUUCGACAGCAAAACGAUGACAAAGAUGACUAAACUGUAUGAGGAUUGGAAUGGAGCUGCGAAUCCAGACUCACAGCCUUUCACUCGCCCACUUUGCUACAUCCACAAGAGAGCUGGAAGGCACCGAGGUUUCGACGAGAGCCAUCGUGUAUGCCGUUCUGGUGUUUGGGUUGCUCCGGGUGAGAGUGGCAUUACCCCUGUUAGCGACGUCACUGGAGACCACGAAAGAGCUGGAAGGCACCGAGGUUUCGACGAGAGCCAUCGUGCAUGCCGUUCUGGUGUUUGGGUUGCUCCGGGUGAGAGUGGCAUUACCCCUGUUAGCGACGUCACUGGAGACCACGAAAGAGCUGGAAGGCACCGAGGUUUCGACGAGAGCCAUCGUGCAUGCCGUUCUGGUGUUUGGGUUGCUCCGGGUGAGAGUGGCAUUACCCCUGUUAGCGACGUCACUGGAGACCACGAAAGAGCUGGAAGGCACCGAGGUUUCGACGAGAGCCAUCGUGUAUGCCGUUCUGGUGUUUGGGUUGCUCCGGGUGAGAGUGGCAUUACCCCUGUUAGCGACGUCACUGGAGACCACGAAAGAGCUGGAAGGCACCGAGGUUUCGACGAGAGCCAUUGUGUAUGCCGUUCUGGUGUUUGGGUUGCUCCGGGUGAGAGUGGCAUUACCCCUGUUAGCGACGUCACUGGAGACCACGAAAGAGCUGGAAGCCACCGAGGUUUCGACGAGAGCCAUCGUGCAUGCCGUUCUGGUGUUUGGGUUGCUCCGGGUGAGAGUGGCAUUAUCCCAGUUAGCGACGUCACUGGAGACCACGAAAGAGCUGGAAGGCACCGAGGUUUCGACGAGAGCCAUCGUGUAUGCCGUUCUGGUGUUUGGGUUGCUCCGGGUGAGAGUGGCAUUACCCCUGUUAGCGACGUCACUGGAGACCACGAAAGAGCUGGAAGCCACCGAGGUUUCGACGAGAGCCAUCGUGCAUGCCGUUCUGGUGUUUGGGUUGCUCCGGGUGAGAGUGGCAUUAUCCCAGUUAGCGACGUCACUGGAGAGAAUGCCUACAGGGCUCCUGGAGCGACAGCAAUACACAAAGCAUAUGUCAACCUUGGCAUAGCAAAGGUUGUGCAUGCGAUGGCAUGGAUCGGUGCCCCCAAGGAUUACGUUGCCAACCGAAAUACUAUCAGCAAGCUCAGCCGUAUCAACAAAGCUUACCUACCAGCCAACGAUUGCUGGUCUUCACACACGCACAUCUUCAAAUCGCUAGUCGACUGCCACUACGAUGUCGAGGACAAAGGGUUCACAGCACAGUAUCCGUUCGGCGAUUUCGAAGGAGGGGGGGACUUGGAGUUUGUCGACAUCGGCAUCCGAUUGAAGCAGCGACCAGGCACCCUUACCCUGUUCCGUGCCGAUCUCCUGCGUCAUCAGGUCACAGACUAUCUGACUGGCAAUCGCUACGUACACUCGGCAUUUAUGCAAGCAAGGGUCGCCAAUGGAGUUGCAAGGGGAAUGACGUAGACGGAGGUUUGGGGAGGUCGGAGCAAAAAAGGAAGGGAUAAGCAUUAUAACAUAUACCCCGUGUACGAAAGUUUCAAUCAGUGUCGCAAAGACCGUACCCUCACAACGAUAGUUUCUCAGCAGAGUUUCCAAAACCGCAGGGAGAUGUGGAACAUAUCGUGUCCCGAUUACAAAGGGCUCUUUGCGUGUCGACCAUCCAUGGCCUUCUAUCCCGGGGAGACUUUGCCUGCAGGAAUUGUACCCGACGACCUUCUCAUCGGCUUCCUUGGUGAGUUCACGAGAAAUUCUGGAUCCGAUUCUGCCAGAUCUCGAGACGGCGUCUCAGG